AACAUGCGCCAUUAGUAAAAGCGCACCAUACCCCGAUACUGCGAAAUGUGAACUUUUCAUUUCGUGGAAUGGCAUUCGUACAAGUUCUGAUGAACUUAAAUUGAAAGCGGUGAUUGUUCUUGUGAAGAAGGUGUCAAAAUGCAAGGGUGACUGAUAAAAGCCGUUUUUGUGAAGGUAAAUCUCGGGGUUGUUCUCUUCGAUCAUGCCUUCUCCAGUCCCCCCUACUCGUGUGCUCCCCAAAGACAUUUUCCCCUCUGUGGACAUUGGGACUUGUAGCAGCCCUUUAGCCAAAGCUUCCCUCGGCUCCACUUUACAGGUCCCAGUCCAGCGACUCCAAGGCAAAGUUACCACCCGCCUGUGGUCCUCUAUCAUCUACUGGAAGGAGCUGCACUGUGUCCAGGCUAUCGGCUCCGGGGGUUUCGGCUCUGUCUACAAGGCGAAAUACCUCGGGGCGACCGUGGCUUUAAAAAAAGUUAAGAAAUGCUCUAAAAACAAACUAGCUUCUCGCCAAAGUUUCUGGGCGGAACUGAACGCCGCGCACCUCCGUCAUCCUAACAUCGUGCGGGUCAUCGCGGCCACAACUUGCAUACCGACCGACUUCGGAGACGAAAGCAGCAUCGGAACGAUCAUUAUGGAAUAUGUCGGAAGCAGGAAUCUCCAGCAGGUUAUUUACGGCUGCGUGGAGGAGACUUUGGAGUCGGACAAGUGGCUCCUUUACUCUUUGGAUAUCACGCGUGGUUUACAGUUCCUUCACUCUCAUCUGAUCGUUCACCUGGACAUAAAACCGGCCAAUGUGUUGGUGUCUCGUGAAGGCGUGUGCAAGAUCGCGGACUUUGGCUGUUCAGUUCAAAUGGAUACUAAACGUCAAGCUUCCGAUGCCGUUCCAUUGAUUCACACUGGUGGCACGUACACGCAUACAGCACCGGAAUUGCUCAAGGGUGAAGGCAUCUCUGCAAAAUCGGAUAUCUUCUCCUUUGGCAUCACUAUGUGGCAGCUGAUGACACGAGAGCAGCCCUACACGGGGGACAGACAGCAUGUCCUCUACGCAGUGGUUGCUCACAACCUUCGACCAAAGGUUGAGGAGCAAGCUGUGUUCCAGUCGGAGCAUGGGAGGCUCUGCAAGACUUUGCUAAGCAGAUGUUGGGCUGGAGAACCCCUGAGAAGAUUCAGCGCCCAAGAGCUGAUAACACAACUGGAAAAUCUCCAUGUAAAAUUGUGACUUGUGAAGAUUUUAGAAACAUUUUAGUGUCCAUGUAUAUUUUAAACUAAUGUCUUAAGGUUUAAAUCUUUUGUGAGUGUAUUUUUUUGUGUGACAAGAUUGUAAUGAUGUACUUUAAU